AUGAGUGACAGCAAAGACAAAUCCGCAGCACCUGCUGCCGCCGACAGCAAGGUCAACGAGAUUGCAUCUGGCAUCUCGGGGCUCAUGUCCAACAAGGAUGGUGCUGCCUCGAAACCGGACGCGGGCGCAUCUGCAUCCACCAAGGAAGACGCCGUCGAGUCGAACUUGCGAGAGUCAUCUCACGAGGUCCAGGUGACGCUCGCCGAUCAGCAGGCGGAUCCCAACUCUCCCUUGUAUUCGGCCAAGAGCUUCGAGGCGCUCGGCCUGCACGAGAACCUGCUCAAGGGCAUCUACGCCAUGAAGUAUCAGAAGCCAUCCAAGAUUCAAGAAAAGGCGUUGCCGUUGCUCCUUCAAAAUCCACCCAAGAACAUGAUCGGCCAAUCACAAUCAGGAACCGGAAAGACGGCCGCCUUCAUCCUGACCAUGCUCUCACGGAUCGACUACGACCUCAAAAAGCCACAAGCCAUCGCCCUGGCACCAUCGCGUGAGCUGGCGCGUCAGAUCAUGGACGUUGCACGCACUAUGUCCAAGUUUACCGACGUCACCACGUGCCUCUGCUUGCCAGACGAGGUGAAGCGUGGCGAAAAGAUCACGUCGCAGCUCAUCAUAGGCACACCAGGCAAGACGUUCGACAUGAUCAAGAGCAAAGGCAUCGAAACGGCUGCCAUCAAGGUGUUUGUGCUCGACGAGGCCGACAACAUGCUCGAUCAGCAGUCGUUGGGAGAGCAGUCGAUCCGUGUCAAGAAUACCAUGCCCAAGACGUGUCAGCUGGUGCUCUUCUCCGCCACUUUUCCCACCAAUGUGUACGACUUUGCGGUCCGCAUCGCACCGGGAGCCAACGAGAUCCGACUCAAGCAGGAGGAGCUGUCGGUGGAAGGCAUCAAGCAGUUCUACAUGGACUGCAAGGACGAGGACCACAAAUACGAGGUGCUGGUCGAGCUGUACAACCUGCUCACCAUCGGACAGAGCAUCAUCUUCUGCGCCAAGCGCGAGACUGCCGAUCGAAUCGCACAAAAGAUGACCCAAGAAGGACACAAGGUCGACUCGCUUCACGGCCGACUCGAAACCGCCGACCGCGACCGCACCAUCGACGCGUUCCGUGACGGCAAGAGCAAGGUGCUCAUCUCGACCAACGUAAUUGCGCGUGGUAUCGACAUCCAGCAGGUGACGCUGGUGAUCAACUACGACAUGCCGCUCACGCAGACCGGUCAGGCGGAUGCUGAGACCUACCUGCACCGUAUCGGACGAACGGGUCGUUUCGGCCGCAAGGGUGUCUCGAUCAACUUUGUGCACGACCAGCAGAGUUGGUCGUACAUGGACCAGAUCGAGAAGGCGCUCAAGUGCCAGAUCACACGUGUUGCUACCAACGACUUGGAGGAGAUGGAGUACACGAUCAAGGAGGCGCUCAAGCAGAUCGGCAAAUCUGAGAUGGUGUCGAUCCGCAAUACACAUCCCGCUCGGCUCGUCGAUGUCGAUCAAGACCGGGAACUCACAGUGGCGCUGCUGCCGUGGGCGAGUAUCUGUGGCGGUUGUCGGCUCGUGUUACCGGCAAUUCUCACCUCGCCUCGAGGGAAAGAGAAGAGGGAGGCAGCGAAGGCUGAGAAGAUCCAUUUGCUUCCAUUUCGGCCAACCGGGAACAUCCACGCACGGCACGCCAUUCCAUUUCGACUCUGCCUCUACAUCGUCUCGCUGUUUCUUGGUCUCCCCACCUCAACUAUCACUACCACUCGUUCGCCUACAAAUCGCUGCAUUCCAUUCGCAUUCUCUCUUUGCAACUUUCCUCGUCCAAGUACUUAUAUGAGCUUGGCCCGAUCAUCGUUGCGCUCGGCUUCGUUCAUUUGCAACAACCUCUCCCGCUCGAUUACGGCCACCAACAGCAGACACGCCAUCAAACAGGCUCGCUCUAGCUUUUCAACCUACUCUCGCAACACUUCCACUUCCUCGACUCGAGCAUUCCGAGCCACAGGUCCACUCGCAGCACUUUCUGCCGUAUCGAUCCGUCACCCUCCGUCCGACGCCACUACAUCUUCUUCAUCUGACACAAUGACCGAACAAACGAACGGCGCAUCUUCGUCCUCGGGCUCCAAGGUCCACAAGGUCGUCAUCAUCGGCUCUGGUCCCGCUGGUCACACGGCGGCCAUCUACCUCGCACGAGCCAACCUCGAGCCCGUCCUCUUUGAGGGUAUGCUCGCCAACGGUCUUGCCCCGGGAGGACAGCUGACGACAACCACCGACGUCGAAAACUUCCCAGGCUUCCCCGAGGGUAUCCGAGGUCCCGAGAUCAUGGACAAGUUCCGUGCGCAGUCGGUGCGAUUCGGUACCGAGAUCCACACCGAGACCAUCGCCAAGGUGGACCUCUCUUCCCGACCUUUCAAGUUUUGGCGCGAGUGGGCGGAGGACCAGGCUCCCGAGCUCACCGAGACGCUCAUCAUCGCCACGGGCGCCAGUGCCAAGCGCAUGCACCUCCCCGGCGAGGACACCUACUGGCAGAGCGGUAUCUCUGCGUGUGCCGUCUGCGACGGUGCCGUACCCAUCUUCCGAAACAAGCCUCUGGUGGUCGUAGGUGGCGGUGACAGUGCUGCCGAAGAGGCCAUGUACCUCACCAAGUACGCUUCGCAUGUGCACGUGCUGGUGCGACGAGACGAGCUGCGUGCCUCCAAGAUCAUGGCGAAGCGUCUGUUGGCGCAUCCCAAGGUGACGGUACACUUCAACACUGUACCCACCGAAGCCAAGGGUGACGGCGAGCUGCUGCAGCAGGUGCGCGUCAAGGACAGCAAGACCAACGAGGAGCGCGACAUGGACGCCAACGGUCUCUUCUACGCCAUCGGCCACUUGCCUGCCACUUCCCUCGUCAAGGGACAGGUGGACUGCGACAACGACGGCUACAUCAUCACCACACCGGGUACCGCACAGACUUCGGUCAAGGGUGUCUUUGCUGCCGGUGACGUUGCCGACAAGAAGUACAGACAAGCUAUCACCAGUGCCGGAACCGGAUGCAUUGCUGCGCUCGAGGCUGAGCGUCUGUUGGCCGAAGAGGAGGUGCUCGACCCUGUCGAUGCUGCUCAGGCCAACCACUACACUGGCACUGACAAGGAAUAG